AAUUCUGGCUAACAACCGGAGGUUCUUUUUCCCCGUCUCCAGUUCCCUCACAAAAAACGCAAGUAAAAGUUCAUUCCGUCAAUAUUUCAAUAUCCGGACUCCAGAAAUUUUCUCAGCAACCAAACAGCCUCCAAUUCUCUCUCGCGCGCUUCAUACGAAUCGACCAAUUCAUGUCCCGAUCGUCGACGCAAUGAUUUUCUCAAGAAUCGGACGCUCUUUGUCUCGCUUCUCUUUCCAAAGAAAUGUAAUUUCCGGUAACUAUGCCGAGAGGGCUGUGUUGGCCAAUGAAUCGCUCUCGUCCUCGACCGGCAAUGCGUGCUUUUCAGGCGCCGAUGGUAGGCUAGGGCUUGUGAGGGGCUAUGUCACAUCUGUUGGAGCUGGGAAGCAGCUCGUUUCGAAUUCGCACUUGUCUAAUUUCAGGUCCGUCCUCGCAAACCCUAGUGCUCGGCGCUUUUUCUCGAGCCAGGCGCCCAAGAAGAAGAACUAUGAGAAUUACUAUCCAAAGGACAAGAAGGAAAUUCCCAAAGCGAAUGAGCAGAAAUCUGAGUCGAAAGGGGACUCGAAUACUGGUGAUCAUGGGAAUUCCCAGGAGAACUUGGUGAAGCAGUUCCAAAAUUUAAUUGCUCCAUUACUGUUCCUUGCCUUUAUAUUUUCGCCAAUUUUUGUCAGUCCUCAUGAUCAGAAGCAGAUUAGUUUCCAAGAGUUCAAGAACAAGCUACUUGAACCUGGUCUGGUGGAUCGCAUUGUUGUUGAAAACAAAUCAGUUGCAAAAGUUUUUGUGAGGAGCUCACCACAUGUUAAAAAUGAGACCAAUGAUGAUGCUGUCCAGGGUCCUGUCAAUGGUGCCCCUGCUAGAGGAAAUGCAAGCCAGUAUAAAUACUAUUUUAACAUUGGAAGUGUUGAAUCUUUUGAGGAGAAGCUGGAGGAAGCGCAAGAAGCAUUAGGGAUUGACUCUCAUGAUUAUGUUCCUGUAACAUAUGUAAGUCAAGUGAAUUGGUACCAAGAAUUGAUGAGGUUUGCACCAACAGCAUUGCUUUUAGGAUUUGUUUGGUUCAUGGGGCGAAGAAUGCAAGGUGGACUCGGUGUUGGUGGUACUGGUGGAAAAGGUGGCCGUGGAAUAUUCAACAUAGGAAAAGCUAAUAUUACAAAAAUGGACAAGAAUGCAAAAAACAAGGUAUAUUUUAAAGAUGUAGCUGGUUGUGAUGAGGCAAAGCAGGAAAUCAUGGAGUUUGUUCACUUCCUCAAGAAUCCAAAGAAAUAUGAGGAGUUAGGAGCCAAGAUUCCAAAAGGUGCGCUUCUUGUGGGCCCUCCAGGCACCGGGAAGACACUUCUUGCAAAGGCAACUGCUGGUGAAUCUGCUGUCCCUUUUUUAUCUAUAUCUGGGUCGGAUUUUAUGGAAAUGUUCGUUGGUGUUGGACCAUCAAGGGUUAGAAGCUUAUUUCAAGAGGCAAGACAAUGUGCACCUAGUAUAAUAUUUAUUGAUGAGAUAGAUGCAAUUGGUCGGGCUAGGGGGCGUGGAGGUUUCUCAGGUGGCAAUGAUGAGCGUGAAAGUACUCUCAAUCAAUUGCUUGUAGAAAUGGAUGGUUUCGGAACCACUUCAGGAGUUGUUGUACUUGCUGGCACAAAUAGGCCUGACAUUUUAGACAAAGCCCUGUUGAGGCCUGGCCGGUUUGAUCGUCAAAUUGCUCUUGAUAAACCUGACAUCAAAGGUCGUAGUCAGAUUUUUGAAAUUUACCUGAAGAAGCUAAAACUGGAUCGUGAGCCAUCGUUUUACUCUCAAAGACUUGCUGCUCUUACUCCUGGAUUUGCUGGAGCAGACAUUGCAAAUGUUUGUAAUGAAGCUGCUUUGAUUGCUGCAAGGAAUGAGAGGACUGUGAUCACUAUGGAACAUUUUGAGGCAGCUAUAGACAGGGUCAUAGGUGGUUUGGAGAAGAAGAACAAGGUAAUAAGCAAGCUAGAGCGGCAUACUGUUGCUUACCAUGAGUCUGGUCAUGCUGUUGCUGGUUGGUUCUUGGAACAUGCGGAACCCUUGCUUAAAGUCACUAUUGUUCCUCGUGGUACUGCAGCACUGGGGUUUGCUCAGUAUGUUCCCAAUGAAAAUCUAUUAAUGACCAAAGAGCAGCUCUUUGAUAUGACUUGCAUGACCCUUGGUGGUCGAGCUUCUGAGCAGGUUUUGUUGGGGAAGAUCUCAACUGGAGCCCAGAAUGACUUGGAGAAAGUGACCAAGAUGACCUAUGCCCAAGUUGCAGUCUAUGGUUUCAGCGACAAGGUGGGUCUUCUUUCGUUUCCUCAAAGGGAGGAUGCAAUGGAGAUGACCAAGCCCUACAGCAGCAAGACUGGUGCAAUUAUAGAUGGUGAAGUUAGGGAAUGGGUGGCGAAGGCCUACGACCGCACUGUUCAGCUGAUAGAGGAGCACAAGGAGCACGUAGCCCAGAUUGCAGAGCUGUUGCUUGAAAAGGAGGUCCUUCAUCAAGAUGACUUGGUCCGAGUAUUGGGAGAGCGCCCAUUCAAGUCAAACGAGCCUACGAAUUAUGAUAGGUUUAAGCAAGGGUUCCAAGAAGAAGAGAAGGAGGGUAAAGAGACCACAGAGGGUGGGGCAGUGGAGGAUGGGAAGUCACCACCCUUGGAACCAGAAGUUGUGCCUGCAUAGUGUUGGCAAGGUUUAUAGUUGUAUAAAUAAAAUUUUGUUGAAGCUAAUUUAUUCAUUCACCAUCUCCUGUAUUUGAACUAACUUGUAAAAAAACAUUUUCUUACAUGGAAUUAUAAUGUCUCCGUUCUGGAA